AUGUCUCCCAACGCGCAGCAGGACAUGGACCCUUUCGUUUGUGUUUAUCCCACGGGGUGUCUUUCGGAAUUGGCCAUCAAAAAGAGCACACUGCAACAAUUGACGACUGACGGAGGACUCCCUUACUUACGUAUCCGAUUUUCGGACAUUGCAUCAUCCAGGCACGGAAUUACAUUUGGAUCUGACCCAGGUUGUCAUGUGGUCAUCAAUGACAACGAUGUCAAUAAGCGACAUUUUUGUUUGGGCAUAAACAAAAGUCGCCAGGUGAUGCUUUACGAUUGGGGCUCGAGUAAUGGAACUUAUGUUACUUACAAAGAGCAAAGGCGGUACCUACGAAACUACUUCAAAUGGAUCAUUGGUGGACAUCCUGUCGUCAAAGACUGGAACCCCGUCAUCGUCGAACCCGGCGCCAUGUGGAGAUUCACGAUUGUAGUCUCAGACUACACGGCUGAGGCAAUAUUCCCGACUCAGUUCAACGAAGAACUUGAAGAUGCCUUCAAGACCUUGUGCUCGGAACCCGACAAGCGCACCCGACUCCACACCGGCCUAGACGAGCCAACAUCCGACUCAAUCCAGCUCACAAGGCCUCUAGGCAAAGGAUCUUUCGGGAGUGUCGUUCACUCCUUCGACGUCAGCACCGGACAGGUGCUGGCGUUGAAGACUCCCGUGAUAGGGACGAUGGUGAAUUACCCAGCGUGGGUCAAGGAGGCUAGGAUCAUGGAGGCAAUUCGCCAUAGAAACAUUGUGAAGCUUAUUCGAUCCGACCUUUCUGAUCAGCAAAAACCGAUGCUGGCCAUGGAAUUCGUGCCAGGAGGGCAGCUGGGCUCCAGCGGCGAGCCCCUGCAGCCAUCUGAGAUGAUCCAGAUUCUCAGCCAGCUACUCAGUGCCCUCGACUAUCUCCAUACGCUGCCGGAGCCGAUCGUCCACCGGGACAUCAAACAAUCUAACGUACUCGUCCAGGAACGAUCGGCUGGCCAAAUUUGGGUAAAGUACGCCGAUUUCGGUGUCUCGAAAGCUGGUGACGAUUAUCAAACGGCCAUUGGGUGCCCGUAUUACCGUGCGCCUGAGAUGCAUGAGAGCGGUCGCUACACCACCGCCGUGGACAUCUGGACACUCGGUGUCAUGAUGCUGAAGCUGAUGGGGACCCUUGUAGAGCAUCGGGGAGAAUUGCACAAGGACUGGUGCGAGACCAUCAUCAAGGAGGCUGCCAGGGUCACGACCCGGAACCCACUGAUCCAAUUCGUCUUGGAUCAUAUGGUGCAGAUGUCGCCGGAUCGUCGACUCUCUGCGAAAGAGUGCCGGGUGGAGCUACAUCGCCAGUUUUCUGCGAUGAAGGACAAGCCUUCGACCCCCGAUGUCUUGGACAUGCCGGAGGAAGGCUCCUCUACGUCGAGGGAACCGCCCCGAGAACAAGGCAAUCAGUCUACGUUGGUCCCAGGCCCCUCUAGAAAACGCCUACCGAUGACUUCCUCGGGCCCUGUGCCGGGUGCCGAGAGUUCAUGGCCUUCAACCAAACGAAAAAUCCCGGAGGAGUCGGAGUACAUGCCUUCAACCCCUGGCAAGACCGAGCCAGACGCCUCGACUCUCGAGGGGCCGCUAGAUGAUUUGAGUCUCUGGAAUCCUCAAGAUAAGGGAGCGCCAGGGACGACCAGGAGUGGACUGCGAUUCCUUCCAGUUGGGGGGAGUACGAAGGGAGACACGCAAGGGGGUACAGAGGCCGGUACGGGGCGGGAUGCGGAUGCGGAUGGAGACGCGGAAGGGCAUCGAGCGAAGCGGACGCGUUUGGAUGAUGCCGAAAGCUAA